AUGGCCAUCACAAAUAGUUUUUACGGGUAUAUAAUGAUGUUAUUCGCUAUAACUAUAGUUGUAUGUGUUGAAAGUCAAUUGAUAACAGAAACAUCUUAUAACGCGAUUGUUUCUAAAGAUGGGACCGGAAAUUUCAAUACAAUUGCUGGAGCAAUAUUGGCGGCCCCCGAUCACAGUGUCAAGCCAUUCUUCAUAAAGAUUAAGAAAGGCACGUAUGAGGAAUAUAUUAGAGUUGAAAAAAAGAAGAUUAAUAUAGUCUUGAUCGGAGAAGGGAUGGAUAAUACGAUAAUAACGGGUAAUAGAAGUUUUGUCGACGGCAACAAAACAUAUGAUACUGCAACCGUUGGUGUUCUUGGCAAUGGUUUCAUAGCUCAAGACUUAACUUUUAGAAAUAAUGCGGGGCCCAUAAAACAUCAGGCAGUGGCAUUAAGAAUUGAAGCAGAUUCGGUGUCAUUUUAUAAAUGCCGAUUCGACGGGUAUCAAGACACUUUAUAUGCGAAAAAGCGACGUCAAUUCUACCGUGAUUGUGAAAUCUAUGGCACGGUAGAUUUCAUAUGUGGUGACGCUACAGCAGUGUUCCAAAACUGUUUGAUUGAAGCUCGCACUCCAAUGGCGAGGCAAUAUAACACAAUCAUAGCGCAACAAAGAGAGCUUGAGUCCUACAAAUCUGGAAUAGUGCUUCAAAAUUGCACGAUAAAAGCUACCCCCGAUUUGAAGAAAUCGGACGUCACGACAUAUUUAGGUCGGCCAUGGGGUACAUUUUCUAGGACUGUGAUAAUGGAAAGCUAUAUCGAUGAUUUAAUAGAUCCUAGAGGAUGGGUUGAGUGGAUUGAAUCAGCAAAUAAAUCCAGUAUUAUUCGUCGACCAUAUUAUUUGGAGUACAAAAAUAGAGGACCAGGUGCUGUCACGAAGGGACAUGUGACAUGGGCAUCCGUUACUACGGAUCCUAAUAUUGCAUCAACUUUUACCGUUAGAAAUUUUAUAAAUGGUGACCGGUGGAUUCCCACCAAUAUCCCUCAUUACCUAGAUUUAUCUUGA